UUUUAAGCUAGAGAUAUCUUGUGUUACUGCUGUUGUUGGAUGUGUUAUGAUUGUAGCUGCUCUUCUGAUCUUCUUCAUCUGCAGAAAACACACAAACACACAACAAGAAGGUGUGUUUGGUGAUGAAGUGAAGUCAGUGUCAGUGAUGGAGGGAGAAUCUGUUACACUACAGACUGAUCUCACUCACAUACAGACACAUGAUUCUGUUGAGUGGAGGUUUGGAGUAAACGGUCCUGUCAUCGCCAGAAUCAAGAGAUCAGUCAAUAUUAAUCAUAUAUAUGAUGAGACUGAGAUAUUCAGAGACAAACUGAAGAUGAACAAUCAGACUGGAGAUCUCACCAUCACACACAUCACAUCUCAACACUCUGGACUUUAUCAUCUAAAAAUGAACAUUGGAAGUAAUCAGAUAACCUAUAAUUUCAAUCUCACUGUUUAUGCUCCCACUGCUGUCAGUAUCAGUGAAUCUACACAAACUCCAUCAUCAUCAUCAUCAUCAUCAUCAUCAUCAUCUGUAUCAGAGAAUGUGUCAGGUGUGUUAGAAGAUGUGUAUAGUCCAUCAGGAAGAACACACGUGCGUUACAUAGUUCUUAUGUGUUGUGCUGCUGUUGGAUGUGUGAUGAUUGUAACUGCAUUUCUGAUCUUCUUCAUCUGCAGAAAACACACAAACACACAUGAAGAAGAAAUCUGCCAUUAUGUUACCACAGUUCAGAGCCGUGAGGAUGACGUCACUUACAUCACUUACGCUGAUACGACAUUCUACAAACACAACAAACACAUAAAGAGAGUUAAAGAGGAGGAUGUGGUGUACACAGAAGUCAUCAUGAGACCUUGACAGUUUUCUCAAACAUUUUUGCAUUUCUUAUCUGGAUCAUGUCUAUAUAUGUUUUAUUUAAAAGUGCUGCGACAGCUUCCCGGCAUUAUUUCUUCUUUCUUUAGACUUUCAUGCAAAGCAAAAAAUACAUCGUCAGUCCGCUGUACACGUAAAGGUGGCCACAAGGGGGCGCAAAUGCUCUCAAAGAUGAAUAAGUAUCACAAGCACUGUCAUUGAUUAUGCUUCAACUUUAUAUUUAAUGUUCGAGACAUAAUACAUUGUGGAAAGCGAAGACAUUUUAUAUGACUGUAGUCUACAAAACAAAAGUAGCACCAAGAAUGUGAAUAAAAAAUGAGGAUCAAGAAGAAUGUUUCAACUUUUUCUUUUCUUUGGGUCUAAUUUAGUGUCAAGUUUGCAUAUUAACAGAACUACUGAUGUGUUUUAAAACGUGUCCUAAACACAUCUCACAGUUUGGACAAUCGUUUGCCAUUUUGUCACCACAAUUGUUUCCUUGAUGUUUUACUUUACUUUACUUAAUGCUAUAAUCUUCAAAGUACAACAAUGUUGUUUGUUAACAUGCUCAGACGCUUUUAUCUAAAGCUAUACAACAAAUGAUUCAUCUCAAUGCGACACAAUCGACAUAUUCAGACAGUACACAGAGAAGGCAACGAAAAUGUGUCCCAAGGUUAUAUUACACAACAACAGAUCACAAUUGGAAUCAUCAAAGGCUUGUUUUUAUAUUUAUAUUUCACAGUUUACACAGAGAACUUUCAUAAUUAACAUCAAUGCAUUAAAGUAACUUAUUGUCUCAUCUUCUCCUGAUUUCAUUGAGGUUAUAGAUGAUUUUCUAACUCCAGAAGCAGUGUUGUGUUGAACUUUUGAUGCAACUGUGUGUCAAGAGUUCCUGUGAACGUGUCGUCCCUUGAGUGCCUGAACGAAACUGAAGAACUCAGUGAAUCACAGAGACAGUGAGUGAACAUUGCAUUACAGAUUAUAAUGAUAAUGUACUGAC